ACCUCUCAUAUCAAAAAACACUUUUAAUAGUUUUUCAGCCAAACACUCAACUGCUUUUUUUGAAAAAUACUUCUCUACAAGCUCAAGCCAGAAGCUGCUUCUGCAAAAGCUACAGCAGGGCCAAACUGAGCUAAUAUUUUGUUUCCGAAUUCAAAACCAAAUAACAGUAGUUUGGGUUUGGUUUGGCCUAGUCUCAGUUCGAUUUGAGUUUACAGAGCCAGAUGUCCACCCUAGUGCUGUUAGCGAUGCGGUUUUGGUUUUAACCGAACCGCCAAUGCGGUUAACCGCAGCCGACAAUCAUCCAAAAACCCCAACCGCCACCGACACCGAUUGCCUCGUCGGUUAGCCGAAAACCGCCGUCACUGUUUCGGGUCGGUGUCGCGGUUAGCUGAAGACCGACGCAGGGGGUGGAUCUGGCCAAAUUUCUGGAUCCGACUGUCGAAUCUCGCCGCCAAAUCGCCAAAUUUCUGGAUGGAAUUGGGGGUGAGAUGGCAAUUAGAACCGGCGAGGAUCCAAGAGGCCAAAUCGACAUAAGUAGGGGGUGACAAUCACCCCUUGCAUGUCUUCUUUUCUUCUAUCAAGUAACGGCGACGACGAUGGACAACGAGGAAGCAGGGGACGGAGAUAGCGAUGGACGAUCGAUCUUCACUAGAGCAAGCCAACAACGACCCUCUUCUCCUUCUUGGCCUUUGUUCGCUGAAUCUCGACUAUCGCCGCUUUCUUAUCGGCGGAGGAGAACCAAAUCGCCGCUUUGUGACCUUGGAUCUGGAGGAUACAGGGAAAGGAAGAAAGGGGGAGAGGUGGAGAGCGGCUAGGGGAGAGGGAGAGACAAAGACGCCUUAUUGUUUUUCGAUACGGGUUAGCGAUGGAGGAGGGAGGAGAAGGGAACGGAGAAGAAGGGAGAGACUGGCGAGAGGAGAGGGAAAAUCUUGUUGUCUUGUAAGAGGAAGAGGAAGAGAGUGGGGGUUGCAAACUUGCAGUGGGAGACUAAAGGGGGUGAGAAGUCGGUUUUUCGGUGAACCGAGUUUAUCUCGGUUACUUCACUCGCGGUUUUCGGUUAGAAUUAUAACCCAAAUCUGCCAACCGACGCCAAUACCGCCAGACUAUUAUUGGUUUUCGGUUCGGCGGUUAUCACCCCUAGUCCACCCCUAGUAUAACCGACGCCGUAUAACCGACAACCGAUUAUCACCCCUAGUCCACCCCUAGUAUCGGUUGAACCCCAUUAUAUUGACAGGCAUGCCACCCGCAUGACUAAUUGACAACCAUUGAUUUGGGGCUAAUGACUUUCUUACAAUCAUCAUCUUCUACUCUUAUUCUCUUCUCUUCCGGACGACGGUUUUCUCGAAGCUAGCUACGUCUAAAGUCUGCGGCGGAGCGCUCAAACGCAGAUCUGUUGUGUUCCUCAUCUCCCGGUAAUGGCGACGCCGCUAGUUGUCGCCUCCGCGGCGGCACCAGCCCCAGGUCCGGAAUCAGAGGAAGAGAUUCCAGAUUCCUUCAAUUGUUGCAUUUGCUUGGAUCUUCUGUACAAGCCGGUUGUACUUGCUUGUGGUCACAUGGCCUGUUUCUGGUGUGUUCAUCUUUCGAUGAGCUUCCGCAGCGAGUCCCAUUGUCCAAUUUGUAGGAACUCUUACCAUCACUUCCCUGCCAUCUGUCUGGCUCUCCAUUUCUUGCUGAUGAAGUUGUACCCCAUUGCCUACAUGAGAAGGCAAGGGCAGAUUCUUGAGGAAGAAAAGGAAAGAAGAUGCUUCUCCCCUCAGUUGGAUAGCAAUUUGGCCAUACUAAUGAAUGCUGAUAAAUGCUGUGACGGAACAAAGGGUCUCACAUAUCCCUCAACCUCUAUUGGCGAUUCUAGUGCUGGCUCGAAUGAGGAGUCACUUACAAGUAGUACCACACAACUGGGACCCUCUUCCAUGACUGUUGUUACUUCUCUUGGAGAGAGGAAUCCUGAUGAGAGUUGCGGAGGAAACCAUAGUGAAGCAAUCGAAGAACAUGGUUUGCACCAGAAUAAGCCUAUGGGGAACUGGAAGCCCAUUUCAACUGAUGACGUACAAUGUUUGGCUUGCAAACAGCUGCUCGUCCUUCCAGUGGUUCUUAAUUGUGGCCAUGCAUUCUGUGGAAGUUGCAUCGUCCAACUAGUAGAUGAGGCAGUCAAAUGUCAGGAAUGUGGAAGUCUGCAACCUAGAGGCGCUUUGAAAGUUUGUCUAGAGUUUGAUAAUUUCCUAGCAGAACAAUUUCCCGAGGAGUACCAAUCCAGAAGAGAAGCUGCUCAACAUGCUCAUGCCAAGCUUCAGAAUGCAACCGCAGGUUCCAUGGAAAGCAGUAAAAAGGACUUGCCUCCAUUACAAGAGCGUUUACUUUCUUGGGCUGACCCCCAAAUGAAGGUUCACAGAGGAAUUGGCUGUGAUGCUUGUGGGAUGUGUCCAAUUAUCGGGGAGAGACACAGGUGCAUCGACUGCGUGGAGGCUAUAGGGUUUGACCUGUGCGGAGAGUGCUACAACUCUAGGUCCAAGCUUCCGGGGCGGUUUAAUCAGCAGCACACUCCAGAACACAGGUUUGAGCUUGUGGGCCCGCUCCCCAGGAGCAUUAUGAUGAUGAUGGAGGCACAUGUGUUCCGACAGUUGGGUGGUGUAGCAACUAAUGCCACCAAUGAUUUUGAUUGGGAGAGUGAAUCUGGCAGUGUCCCUCCUGCAUCUCUUUCCGAUGAUCCUCAGGAAAGCACUGGCAUAAGCAGUUUGGCGGAGGAUCCUCAGGAGAGCACACCCAGUAGCAGUUUGCCAGACGAUCCUCGGGAGAGCACACACAGAAGCAGUUUGCCAGACGAUCCUUGGUAGAGCAGUGACAGAAGCGGUUUGGCAGACGAGGAGGAUCUUGGUGAAAAUGAGAGCCAGUACACUGGUUGAGUUGUCAGUCUUCACUUUUCGUGAAUCAAUGUUGAUUCUGUCAAGAAGAGUUGUACUGCCUAACAGAAGUUGACGAACGAACGUGUGGAAGAGGGAAAACAUUGGCUUUCAGUCUCUGAUUUAGUGUGAUGUGGGCUAAUGCAGAGGAGCAUAGUCAUGGAGCAUGGAAGGGGAGUUGGCCCCGUCGCUUGAGAGAAUCUUAUUUUCUUUUUCGGUUAUAUGGACUAUAUACACAGGAGCACUUGGAGUGAGUUGGAAUUGCUAGAAAAAUUGUAAUUCGAAAAAGAGUGGGAGAUGUACGAGCUAGUAUUGUAUUGUAUGGUAUUGGUAUUGUAUUGAAUUGUAUCUAUCUACCAGACAAAAACUUCAGUAAUAUACAGCAAUGAUUGUAUGGUAUGGCGUAGUGUUCGUGAAACCAAGCUGAAUUUAAUCAGGAAUCAUUUGGCAGUUGAGUUCUUCUUCUUUCAUUCUUCCGGGCACCACUGUAUCUGCCAGGGCUCGAUCGGUACUCUAAUUUAGUACAGGCUCGAUUGGUACUCUACCUUGCUGGAAUCGAGUUCGAGUUAAGCUUCGAGACACCAAAUAACUUCAUUUUGUACCAUAAACAUGUUAGGAUUGCAACGGGGAUUUUAGUUCAGCGUUUCAUCUUCAUAGAACUUAAAGAUAAUCCAUUUGGGUAGUGCUUUAGAGGGCAAAAUGAUUCUAUAUGGUCAAAAACCUUCUGCAUCUACCAUUCCAAAAGCAACAACAAUAUCAAUCAGUCUAAGUUAAUGGUUUCCUCAAUCAGCUCACUACUCGCAUUCUACUUGGGCCAACAUUGUCAACUUCUGAUGGCAUCAUGCAAUAUCUUUUUAUAUUGUUUGCAAUUUUGCUAGUUAUUGAUGAAUAACCUAAGAAACUACUUCUGCACCAUUCGCCAGUUUUCUCACCUUUUUGGGAGCUAUAGUGCUUUCUCUCUCUACUCUCUGGGAGCUUCUUCCCGCAUGGAAAUUUUUUAUUUUUCUCUUUCCCGCCCAUUGAAAGACUGCCGAAGAUUUCCGACCUGAAAGGCAGGACGUUAUAUUUGUUCCGGUAGAUCCUGGAGGUGUUUUGUGUGUUUUUUCAGUUAUCUGGUGAAGCGAUUGCAUCCGUGUGCACAGAGGUGAGAGUCUCUUCCUGCUAUAGACUGAAGUGAUUUUGUUCUUCCUGCACAGUGGAAGCUUGAUAUAUAACCGCUUUCUGUUAAGAACUAGCAUUGUUUCUUCUUUCAGCGCAACAUCUCUCCAUCUGGUUGUCUGUUCCCCUGGAUUGUCUUUCACAACACUACAGUCUACCUCUUUUCGAUUCUGUUGUAUCUAUACCAUUAUGUACAUCUGUUGGGUCUGUGUCCCGUACUAAAACAUGAAAUUCAUGAGGUAUAACUGUAGGGUUCGUUGAGAUCCAAAAUCAAUGAUUAAUCUCAACAGCUUGUUAAGGAGCAGCUUGAUAUUCAGGUGAAAAGGAUAUCUGCAUCUUAUUAUCAUAUUGUUUUCCGGCGAGGAAAAUUUGGUGUUUUAAUUUAAUGAUUUGGAUCUUUGACUUCUUCAACAACGAAAAUCAACACGGUCCACUCCUCUUCGAACAAUGUUCGAACGAGGUUAUUUGAUGUUUUUGAUGGUUUUUUGGUAACAAGCUAUGUUAAUUACUCCUACUCCUAUGGAGAUUCAGUGAGAUGUCCGAAAAACUAAAGGGUACGACUAAAUUGCAGAGAAAAGAUAAAUUUUUGACAUCGUGUGUCAAAUGGUUGGUUGUGGAACCCCUGCUUCUUCUUCGUUUAAACUAUUUAUAGCCACUAGGUGUAACUGCCCUUGUAACCACCUUGGUAACUGCUAGUUGGCCUCUAGCUCCAAACCACCUCGGGGCCCUUGUCGCCGCCUCGUUAACUAGUUGGUAACCGUCGCCUUGGGGGCCCUUGUCUUGUCUUGGGGCUGGUGAGUAUUUGAUGGUCUCGAUGCCAGGUCGGGUUGGUGUUGAGCCUUGUCACCGUGUCAUGACUGGAUAGGGUUUAGCCUCUUUACAUUAGCCUCCAUGAUGAAGUGUUGAUCACAUCCUCGACAGUCCUGACGACUCCACACUCCUCAUCUUGCUAGCCACCUUGAUGAACCGACUUGAUAGCUAGGCCAUAUACCCACCUAGACAGGAUGAGAACUUGGCCCCUUUAUCCCCCAAGUCUCCACACUUAGUCUUAGAGACACUGUCAUGGCACCAACUUAUCAUCUUAGUAUCAAGCCAAUCUUGUCGGCUUGAUACCCUUGCUACCAAGCCAGCCCUGCCGGCUUGGUACCCCAUACUUAGCUUCUGCAAUCUUAUCAAGUUGGUACCUGGCACCCUACCGGCUUGGUACCCCAUACUUAGCUUCUGCAAUCUUAUCAAGUUGGUACCUGGCACCCUACCGGCUUGGUACCCCCAUUAGGGGGGCUAGCAAGCCCAUCUUGGGACUUAAUCUCCAUAUAGCCCCCCUAAGGGACUCUACAUCAUGUUCAUGAUGACUUGGUACCUAGCUUGGUAGUCACCUCAGAUGGCCACCUUCUCACCUCCUCGUCGAGCUUGGCACCCUUUGAUCUCCAUACUUAUUUUUUCGAGAGGUUUGGUAACCUGAUAUCAAGUCCAUCUUGUCGGCUUGCUACCCUCUAGGGGUCUUGGUACCGAGGUUUCCUCGCCGGCCUGGUACCCCCUCAGCUCCAAACUUGGCCAAAUUCAUGUUUUUCAUGUCUUGGUACCAAGCUCUGCCUUGCCGGCUUGGUACCCUCUCGUUUGGCCCCCUGUUGUUAUGGGUGGUAUGACACCCUAUCGUAUGGCCCCUUGUUGUAAUGGGAUUACAUACUUAACCCAAUUUCACGUCAUAGUACCAAGCCUUGCCUUGCCGGCUUGGUACCCAGUCGUUUGGCACCCCGUUGUGUCGCCUUGUUUCCAGACUUAGUUUUUGGAUCUCCCCCUAUUUGGUACCCGACUUGGUACCUGGUCGUUUGGCACCCUGUUGUGCCCCUUUGGCUCCAUACUUGGCCAAAUUCCAUGUCAUGGUACUGAGUCAUGCCUUGUUGGCUUGGUAACCUGUUUGGUACCCAAUCAUUUGGCACCCCGUUGUGCCGCCUUGUCUCCCGACUUAGUUUUUCGAUGGCCGCCUAUUUGGUACCCGGCUUGGUACCCGAUCUUUUGGCACCCCGUUGUGCCGCCUUGUUUCCAGACUUAGUUUUUUGAGAGCCAAAUUUUAUACCAAGGGGUGGAGGCAUCGUCUGGCUAUGGGGGCCAAGGAGACGAUCGGCCAUCGUAUAUGAGAGAAGGAGUUUGGCCACCUAGGCCCAAUGACCCAACAAGGCCCAGCUAACUCUUUUAAUUAUUAAUGUGGACCUGGCCUUAUAAAUCCAUUAAAUCUCUUGUAGUUAAUCGAUGUGGUACGAACUGAUUUUUUUAUGGAUAAACACAUAUCGAUGUUGAAAUAAUCUACCAAGAAGAAGGGCCUUCUUGGAGACUCAAAGGCUUCUAUAAAAGGCCAGAAAAGAGGAAAUGCUCUUAUCAUUUACAACUUCUCAUACGUCCCAUGCAGCUCAUUGUCAGUUGUUUGCAUGGUCUAAAUAACUACCCCAUCCCGAGCCAAAUUUAAUUCGAGAUGACGUUGCUAUAUAGUGGUGACAAAGGUCGUAUUCCACAAGUUUCGGUAUCUUAGCUUACUUCCCUCUCCAUUGUUAUAUAACCCAUCAAUUUUAGGUUUGUUUUGGAGGUUUUGAUUGAAUUACUGGUUGAGGUAGAUACAGAGAUAAAAGCAGGUACUUCGAGGUAACUCUCUUGCCCUAUCUUAGGUCUAACAUGCAACUCAUUAACUAUGUUGUUAUUGAUAUGGUGUGUGAGCUCUCUAAUCUUGUGGGCCUUCGUCGUUAUCCCAUGCCUUCGAGUAUGUCCCCCCAAGACUCAUUGUCACCUCAGUGAGGCUCACGUAUCUAGGAUAUUAUAGCUAAUUUCAAUACGUUCUACCUAACGUGCACACUAAAGAGUCGGAUCUGUGUGCUUGCGAACCUCUUGACCAACAUUUCGGAAUGCAUUCUUCUAGCAGGGGUACGAUCGCUUCCUCCACUAUAAGAACCUAAAAUCAUUCAUCUACCAUAACCUGCCAGUUGGCGCUACCCAAUCUAACCCUAAAAUUCUGGCCUAGCGAUGGCUUAGUUGCAGACUAAUAGGGAAGAGUAGGCGACUUACCCAAGUAUAAUCAAGUAUAAAUGAAGGAAUAAAAUCACU